AUGAAGUCGAUCAAGUGUGUUGUUGUCGGGGACGGUGCCGUCGGUAAGACGUCCCUGCUGAUCUCGUACACCACGAACCAGUUUCCGGAGGACUACGUGCCUACGGUGUUCGACAACUACUCUGCGAACGUGAUGGUGGGGGACGAGAAGGUGACGAUCAACCUCUGGGAUACCGCGGGCCAGGAGGAGUACGACCGGUUGAGACCGUUGUCGUACCCGCAGACAGACAUCUUCCUCAUCUGCUUCUCUGUGGUGGAGCCUUCGUCGUUCCAGAACGUGAAGAACAAGUGGAUGCCGGAGAUCAGACACCACACCCCGAAGGACACGAAGGUGCUUCUUGUCGGGACGAAGUCGGACCUCAGGGAGGACCCGCACGCGAUGGACGAGCUGGACGAGCAGGGCCUCAAGCCCGUCAGCGAGGCCGAGGCUGGCCGUCUUGCCACCACGCUUGGUCUUGUCGGCUACCUCGAGUGCUCUGCCGCCUCCCAGCGCGGUGUCAGAGAGGUGUUUGACUGCGCCAUCAAGGCCGUCAUCUCGCCCGAGGAGCCCGAGGAGCAGGACACCCACGACCAGCGCCUCAACGGCGCCGCAGCCGCCGCCGGCGGUGCCGGCGCAGCGGCAGCGGCCACUGGAGCAGGCGCCAGACCGGUGCAAGCCAAGACCGCUUCCAAAAACGUCAGACAGGCCCCAAAGACCCACAUCCCAGCGAAGAAGGUCAGAAAGUCCAAGAAGUGUGUCAUUCUUUAG